AAGCUGCGAAUGAGAGGAGCGCAAAAUAUUCAUAUAUAAUAUGUGUGACUGGAAUUGCGUUACCUCAGAAGGGAAUCACUGGAGCUUUUCCGACGCAGUUUCCUAAGGCGCAUCUGGGGUGGUGGUGGUGGUUGAGGUGGUUAUGCGAAGCGCAUGCGCUGAGGGAGUUGUCGCCGCGCAGGCCUCGCCGACUGUUGCGGAGCCCCGAGGUCGUGAGUGUUCGCUCGAUCGCAGUGUGACCGUGAGAUGAAUCACAAAACCGUGUGUCUCACGGAGGAUGACGACAGUGGCGAGCCAAGGAAGCCCUGUGAAGACCUACGACUACCUGCUGAAAUUCCUGCUGGUGGGCGACAGCGAUGUGGGCAAGGUAGAGAUCCUGGAGAGUUUGCAGGAUGGAGCCAGCGAGUCCCCCUACGCUUACAGUAAUGGAAUUGCCUAUAAGACCACUACAAUUCUGCUGGAUGGCAGACGUGUAAAACUAGAGCUCUGGGACACUUCAGGCCAAGGAAGGUUCUGCACAAUCUUCAGGUCCUAUUCCCGGGGUGCACAGGGUAUACUCUUGGUUUAUGAUAUCACUAAUAGAUGGUCCUUUGAUGGGAUUGACCGAUGGAUCAAGGAAAUUGAUGAGCAUGCUCCUGGCGUGCCAAGAAUCUUGGUUGGCAAUAGGUUGCAUCUUGCCUUCAAGCGCCAGGUUCCCACUGAACAGGCACGUGCCUAUGCUGAAAAAAAUGGAAUGACAUUCUUUGAAGUUAGCCCACUCUGUAAUUUCAAUGUGACAGAGUCCUUCACAGAACUAUCUCGCAUUGUAUUGAUGAGACAUGGCAUGGAAAGGUUCUGGAAACCAAACAGAGUUUUCACACUGCAAGACCUCUGUUGCCGAGCCAUUGUUUCUUGCACACCUGUUCAUCUUAUUGACAAGCUACCACUACCUGUUGCCAUUAAAAGCCACCUGAAGUCUUUUUCCAUGGCCAAUGGAAUGAAUGCUGUGAUGAUGCAUGGACGUUCGUACUCGCUGGCCUCAAGCAGCGGUGGAAGCAAAGGAAACAGCUUGAAGCGGUCAACUAAACCCUCCAGACCACCACAGAGUCCACCUCAGAGCUGCACACGUACUAACUGCAAAAUUUCUUAGCAAAACGGUUUUGUUUCAGGCUUUCCUUCUUGGCAAGAACUUCGUCAGCUGGUCAAGCUUGAAACCUGAAUUCCUAUGGAACAUUUCUUGCAGCUUCCUACUGGACCAAAUGAAGAUUGGCUCUGCAAUUUUUUGAAAAAAAAACUUUUAUUUGCUGGGAUGUACAAACACACUAGUUGAAAGAGAUACUCAUUACAUUUUGUUUUGACAAUUUGCACUGAAAUUUCAAACUAGUGUUUUUAAAACUGCUUGCAGGUGCCACUUUUAAUAAAGGGACAGCCAGUUUUAAAGGAAGGUGGUCCUGGGUUGUUUACAUGGCUUUGAUCAGAAUUUAAAUCUUCACCUUUGUCCUCCUGACUAAAUUAUUGCUCCAUGGUAGAAAAAGAAUCUCUGGGAAUUGAACCAGUACACAUGCAAAGAAUGCUGUUGCUACUAUACUCCUUACUAGCAUCACUAAACUCCCGUGCCUUUUGAUAUUAUAGACUAUAUCUAGCCUGCAAUGGCCUGCAUGUGGCCUUUCAUACCUGCCUUGCAUCUUUAUCUUCUGAAGGCCAGCUCUUUAAUGUUGACUGACAAGAUCAUGUGCUUUUUCCACUGUUCUUAAUACGCCAAUUAAUAUGUAUUAUUAUUUAAUUUGCAUUUAGACUACUUUUGUAAUAAUGUUCUGUUAUUUGUAUGAUGUCAUUGUUGAGUUGGUUCUUCAUUAACUAUCCAUCAAGCUCCAUACCCAAAUUCUUGAUUUAAGAAAGAUAUUUUCGGUAAUAUAGAAUAAAUUCAAGACUUCACAGCAACAACAAGUGCUCCUGGCCUGAAUGGUAAUUGUAUAAAUCACUGCACUCAGAAACUUUUUCCUUUUAGUUCAUUGGAACUAAAGGUUCAGCAUUUAUUUUGACAGAAGCACCUGUCACUUCUCUUUUCUUUCUUGCCCUCUUGCCACCCUCCCCUCCACCCCAAAUCAUGGCAAAGAAAUAGAACUUGCUCUUUUGUAAUUGUUAACUGUAUUUCUCUUGUUAUAAAAAAAACUUUGCAUUUUGGCCACUAAUUGUAACAGCUUUUGUGUUGGAUGACACUUGUUAAAGGUAAACUGUCUAAAUGGAAAGAAUGCAUAGGAGAAAUCUACUGUAACACUGAGAAUAGGCCACCUUCUGCACCUGAACUGGAUAAUAGUUGCAGUAUCACAUAAAAUAUGAGAGAGAGAGAAAAAGGGAACAAUUUAAGCAAAAUGUUCAAUUAUGUAAAACACUAUUUCACAUUUAUUAUAGCUGCUGUGUGACACUAAAUGAUUUUUAAGUUUUAUUGGCAUUUUACUUUGUACAGUUUCAAUGUUCGAUUGUGAAAUACAUUUCUUUU